AAAAAAAGGCGGAUCGCUAAUCAUCUGCACCAUUCGAUUCCUUGUGAGCUAUUGUGCUGCUCUUAGAUGAAUGAUAAUUUAAAAUAAUUAAGUGACUCUUUAAUUGUGGUUAAAAUCAUUAUCUUUAAUUUUUACGGGUUCUCAGUUUAUAUUCUGUGAAUGUUAUUUUCUCCUCAUCACCAUCACCAUCACCAUCAUCAUCAAAUAACAUCAUCAUCAUCAUCAUCCUAGUCUUGUUUUCUUUUUUGUAACCAUUUUUUGUUUCGCUUCAUCAUUUUAUUUUUAUCUUAUAAUUUUCUCUUUUCUUUUGUCUUUUGCUGGUGCCUAUUUAAUCCCAUUAGUCCUGUUAAAUAUUUACAAUUGUUACUAUUACUGAAACCAAAUUGUUUAGAGAAACAAAAAAAAGUGAGAAAGAGUUACCAUCAUGUCAACAAGCACCGGACCUUUAUUUGCAUGUACUCGGUGUAAUUCACGGCAUCCAUUUGAAGAAUUAUCUUCCGGUCAGCAACUAUGUAAGGAAUGUCGUGGAGCGUUGGUUAAAUGUACUUAUUGUCGAACAGAAUUUCAACAAGAGAAUAAAUCUAAUUUGAAUACUAUUUGCAAAAAGUGUGAACAAAACGUUAAGUUAUAUGGAAAGCCCUCUGCUUGUGAAUACUGUAACAUCAUAGCUGCAUUCAUUGGAAAUAAGUGCCAAAGAUGUACCAAUUCUGAGAAAAAAUAUGGUCCACCCUUAGCUUGUGAACAAUGUAAACAGAGAUGUGCUUUUGAUCGUAAAGAUCCAGAGAGUAGAAAAAAAGUCGAUGGUAAAUUACUAUGCUGGUUAUGUACUUUAUCAUACAAAAGAGCUCUUGCCAAAGCAAAGCAAAACGACACUUCGAUUCGUCACACUUCCAUAUCGGUUCAUAAAAGUGGAAGCCGAUCAUCUUCAUCAAACAGACAAAAAGGAGAAUCACGAUCGCAUCAUCAUCAUUCUCAUCAUCACAGGUCACAUCACAAUAGUUCUUCAAAUCUGAUCGGUAAUCCUUCUGGUUCAUCAUCAAACAAUAAGAAACCUCGCCUUGAGAUAGGAAUUAAAACUUCCAAUGGAAGUUUAAAGAUUCCCUCAGUUACGACAACAAACACGGUCAACGAAAGUACUAUGAUGGAUUUAAAUAAUAGCGAUCAUGUGGUUGCCGUUACACAAUUAAGAGAGCAAAUGGCAUCGCUUCAGAAACAAUUAUCUAAAAAGGAUCAAGAAUUAUUAGAAAAGGAUAAAAGAAUUGCUGAAUUAAGAUCCCAAUUAAGUCGAGAGGAACGUGAAUGGAGAGAAAAAUUGACAACCAACCAAAAGAGCAGCUCAGAGAAAACUACACAAUUACAACAGAAAAUAUCUCAACUUCUGAAACAAAAUGCAUCUUUAGCUAAGGCGAGCAAAAAAUCAAUAAGCAACAACAAUAACACUAAUAAUACACCAAGUGACAGUCCUAUUCUAUGAUCGAGCAAUUAAAUUAAUCAACAAUUUAGACAAUAAUUCAAAUUUAAGAGACCAAAUCAACUACUAUGGUUCAAACUUUGGUCUCUUUUCCUCUUUCUCCAAAUACAAUCCCUAUUUUGUUUUGAUCAUUUUUCUUCUUCUUUUCAUGAUCAUCUCUCUCUCUCUCUCUCUCUCCAACGACGAUUCAUUCCCUUUACAAGCGGCAACUCAAAUUUAAGAACAAUCCUUAAUUGUUAUGGACUUUCAACAUUCAUCUCGAUAAAUUAACUAAUGACUGCAGUUUAAAUUAAUACAUUGCGCUUGGAAUCUACGUUACUAGACUAAAUGGUUACCCAAGACAAACAUUAUUUUGGUUUUCAUCAAUUCAUCAAUAACAAUAUCAACGAUAUCUCAUCGACCUCAUCUUUAAUUUCAUCUACUUUCAGAUCAAGAUAAUAGAGAUAUCAACAUUUCUAGAGUUAUUUUGAUUGUAUGAAGACAUUAAUCAAUGUAAUGUGGAAAAAAAAAUUAUCCAUACCCACUCAAGGAGUUGAAAACUUUCAAUAGUUGAUUAAACUUUGGUUUAAAAAGGUUCAUGAAUCGAAUCAGAUAAUUCAAAUGAUUUCAUCAUAAUUGAAUCAAACAAUUGUCUUCAUAUUUUUAACCAAUCAUCCUCUUCAUGCAACAUCAAUCAACAAUCUGAUCAUUAAUUAUAAUUAUAUAUGUUAUUACAAUUUCAAAUCAUUUCUUGAAUGGAUAAAAUUAAUUUGAUCAUUAUCUCAUUGUUUUCAUUUAAUUGAAACAUAUUAAUUCAUUUUACAGAUAAGCCUAAUUUAAGUUGAUGUUCAAUUUGCAUGAUUAAUUGUUAACAUUUAAAUAAUUGGAAACAAUAACAAUCAACCAAUUACAAAUGGUGAUUGAAUAAUAAUUAGUUUUGAAAUUAUUUGUCGGAUAAAAAUUAAGACUAUUAGAAUUGUGGUCAACUUAAUCGAGGCUUAUCUGUAGCGGUAUUUGAACAUUUUUCGAGAAAUUUAAAUUGUGAUCAAUUGAUUUGCUCUUAAAUUGUAAUUAGAAACCUAAAACCGUUCAAUUCCUCCGCAUGAAACAAUUGAAUUUUUUAAUGUUUACACGACAAAGAGCACGAGAUGAAGAGGUUAAUGUGGACAAAUACAGUGUAUUUAAAUUAUUAUAAAUGUAUAUAUGUAAUUAUGUAUUUAAUACCUGAAUCAAUAAAGUAUUUUUAUCAAUCAUUGAA